AUUUAAUCUAUCUUACCAGAGAGAAAAAAGCACUAAAAAAUUUUCACAACGAAACUGCAUUUCGUGUAGCGUUGACUACCAACGAUUCUAUGAAACCCUCCGUCACUUUCCCAUCGCGCCAGCAGUUGUAUUAAAAAUCGAACACUAUCGAGGGAUCGUCGAUGCGUAAAUAUUUCAACGAGUUUCAAAGUAAGUUCCCUGCCGAACGGUCCAAGAGUGUUUGACAGUAGGAUCGAUAGGGGAUGCGAAAAAAAUACGAGGAGAAAAAUAUUUUAUCCCUUUGAUUGUACUGUAGAUCGUAUCAGCUCCUGUGGAAAGUUAUUUCGGCUUAACAAUUUAAAUUAGUCAGUCGAAUCGGUACCUUCAACUUUUACAAUCUGGAACUUCUAUUUAGAAGCUUUUUUCCUUCUUCAAUUGCAAUUAAAAAAAUGAAUUAUUUUAAAAUACAAAUAAUCAGCCUAUUGACCAACGUGUGCAAGAAGCUGACAAUAGAGUGUCUCUUAGAAAAAUAUCCUCGAAUGAAAUAAUCAAGAUUAUAUGAAAAAAUAAUUUUUGCCAAAACUUGAUGUAUCAUUUAUGAUUUAAUAACGAGUAAAAUUAAAACGUUGCCUAGUCGUGGUCGCAGAUGCUGGAGCAUCUGUGGAUAAGAAGAAGCUAUUCGUAGAUCAGUCGUUUUCUUGAGCGAUGAUCGGCUCGUCGACGCCGAGGAUCGAUCGCACGGAUCCUUACGAGGCCGUCGUCGACACCUGUUACGAGGAGCUUUUGUUGUUCGCCGCUGCGAACGAUACGAGUGCAGCCUGUGACGGGGUGCGCUUCACCGUGUCUGGAAUAUUAAACGGGACCGAGUACGAUGGCAAGGUGGUGAACGAGACACGAUUGGACAUCGACUACAACGGAUUAAACAAUUGGUGGGCCAUGUUGGCCCUUGUACUGGUGCUGGGUACAGCGGCUGGUAACAUCUUGGUCUGCCUCGCUAUAGCUAGGGAGAGACGAUUGCAAAACGUUACCAAUUACUUCUUGAUGAGUUUGGCGAUCACUGAUUUAAUGGUUGCAGUCCUGGUAAUGCCUCUUGGGAUACUCACCCUAGUUAGAGGAUAUUUCCCUCUGCCGUCAAUCUACUGUCUCGUCUGGAUCUGUCUGGACGUGUUAUUCUGCACGGCGAGCAUAAUGCACCUGUGCACCAUAAGCGUGGACCGAUACCUAAGUCUGCGUUACCCUAUGAAAUUCGGUCGCAACAAAACCAGGCGACGAGUCACUUUGAAGAUUAUCUUCGUGUGGAUCCUCAGCAUUGCCAUGAGCUUACCACUCAGCUUGAUGUACUCAAAGGAAGAAGAUUCAGUGUUGAUAGAUGGUGCCUGCCAAAUACCGGACCCUCUUUACAAGCUGAUCGGCAGCAUAAUCUGCUUUUACAUACCACUGGGCGUGAUGCUGCUUACAUACGCGUUAACGGUCAGAUUACUGGCAGAGCAACGACAGAAUAUCGGAGGUACUGCAGGUUGGUCCUCUGGAUGGCUGGGUGGCCCCCAGGGACCACCUUCGGGAGGGCUGGACAGACGAGGCACCUGGAAGCGAUUUCUGCUGAGCAAAAGUUCAGCCGGAAGUGGUGGCACCCCUCAACACACCUCAGGCACCUCGACGGACACCGAGCUGACCACGUUAGACACCCACGAACUUUGGCUGCCGGAAAGCGAACCACCACCUUCGGCCAUGUCCGCUCUUCACGCUUUCGGUGCCGAAAUGUUGAAACUUUCCAGAGGGCUCGAGGGUAUCGCCAGUCCCGGAAGCCCUACGCCAACCGGCACACCGAGAUCAACUCCCCAACAUUCGGUACAGCAUCACCAACAUCAUCAUCAGCAUCAGUUACAUCGAUGCAGUUUUCGACACGGAAGCGCGGAAAGCGGUGCGAGUAGCGCUUCCGGUUCGAGGACCAGCCUCUCGAUGCAAGAAGAUCUGAGUUCCCCGACACCUUGGAAGCAUCGUCGAAGAGCAUCGACCUUCAACGAGGCUCAUCUGGAACGAGCCGAAUCCGAUUCACCGAAGACGCCGAGAAAGAGAUCGUUCAGCUUCCACGAGCAACCAUUUGGUCGAUCAUCCGUCUCGAGGAAGGACUCGUCGAACGAGAACAACGUUCAAAGGAAAUCGAUCGAGAAACAGGAAAGCGAGGGCAUCGCGUUGCCACCGCCCUGCACGUGUCCUUAUUUCGGCGAAUCAUCAAAGAGGCCGCCGGCUCAACAAUCCAGCGAGAUCGUGAUCGUCUCCAGUGACACGAUGAAGCCGAUCUCCGGGAAGAACCUCGAGGCAGGACUUUUGGGAAGGAAUAACACCGGAAGAAUCGAGGCCAGCAGAAGUUACGAGCUGAAUUCGGUUGUCACGUGGAGAGGAGGAAGAAGAGGAUCCAGCUUAGGGAAUACUAGAACCUCUCUGCUCUCUUCGAGGGCCGUUCCUCCCAUCAGACGAGCAGCGACGAUGCGAGCACACAACGGGGCAGCUAGUAGCAGCUCGAAACAAAGCAGCAACUCUUCGUCGCCGUGUUUACACAGACACUCGGGUCAGAUUCGUAGUCAUCACUCGAGAACGAGCAGCGUGAUCUCGCGGAACAGUUCGCGUCACGGAAGGAUCAUCAGGUUGGAACAGAAGGCGACGAAGGUCCUCGGUGUGGUGUUCUUCACGUUCGUGAUCCUCUGGGCGCCGUUCUUCGUCCUGAACCUUAUCCCAGCCGUGUGUCCCGAUUGCGAAAGACGAAUCGAUCGUAAGAUCUUCGAUCUAGCCACCUGGUUAGGCUACGCCAGCUCGAUGGUGAACCCGAUUUUCUACACCAUCUUCAACAAGGUCUUCCGACAGGCGUUCAAGAAGGUGUUGCUCUGCAGAUACAGGAAUCAAAACUGGAGACCGUCAAGGUAGGCCUUCGACCCCGGCAGGCCGGGGAUCGCUGUCACCAAGGUUUAAAGUCUAUCCAAGGUGAUCAAUUUGAAACUUUGAACAUUUCUUGAAGAAGUUCGAAAGUGUACAGGAGAUUCGUUUGAAAGAAUGAACGAACAUUUAACGAAUGGUGCUUCUAGACGAUAAACAUUUCAUCUUCCAAUAGAAGCUUUGCGAGCCUAGCUCGAAGCAGAGCGAUUUUUAAAUUAAGAACCGCGUGAUUUUAUUAGGUGUUAGAGAAUCGUUUUAUUCGAUACUUAACCGUCAAUUUCAUUACACAGAUACUAAUUUUCAAGCAAUCAAUUAACAAUGUAUGCAUGGUAUAGUGACUGCUCCAUUGACUUGUGUAAAUAAAUAGAAUGAUCCAAUAUUGUGAGCAAAGAAAUAAACAAAUUGGCUUACAUCCUCUUGAAUAACCCCUUGCUAAGAUUGUAACAAAUGCAUUUUAUCGUACAAUAUUUUUAGCAUAUUCGAAUAGAAGAAGAACAGAGUACAUCUAUCGAAGAUGAAAUUAUUUAUAAGAUAAUAAAAAAAAAAUAAGAAACUUUUCCUAACACCUAAUAGAUGAAAAUCGAAUUCGAUGGAAGAAUUCAAGCGAACCGUGUUUCGUUUCGUAAAGGAGCUUUGAAAAGCUUUCGAGAAGUGGAAGGAGGAAUUAUUUGAACUAGGAAAGAAAACGACAGAAGAAGCCGGAGCUUCCUUAACGUUAACUUAAGUUCACUCGAAUUUCGUCAACGACGAAAAAGUAAUUGGAGGAAGUUGAAAAAUCGUCGAUAUCGCGAAGAUACAGGUACAUCUUCUAAACGAGAAACUAUCAGUUUCGCGUCGUGAAAUUGAAGAAGGCGACGCGACGGGAAACGUUUGCCUCCGUCAAGGAUCUCUCGAAAUUUCGUCGACAAAUUAAUCCUUUAGAGAGUAGAAUCGCUAUAAUUUCUUCGUGAAUCGUCGUUGAUAAACGGUGCCCCCUCGAACUUUUAACGAGUAGAACAAGCGAGAAUUGUUAAAUCGGUCGUGACGAAACACUGAAGGGACAAAUCCGCCCCCUAAUGGUGGCCAUAAACGCCAGUUACUAGAUAAUUAACGAUGCUUCGUGAAUUGUUAUCGCCUCGUUCGUUUCGAGAGGUCGAAUUUGCUAUGUUUGCUCGGGUCAAACGAGUUCCUCUGCCGAUUCAAAAAUAGUACGUUCAAUUCCACCGGAUAUACAUGGGUUAAACAGAGUAAUCGAAAUAUUCGGUGAUUUUCAAUUGAUCUUCGCUAUAAUAAUGGUUUAAUUGCCUAACAGGAAUUAUUGUGUAAAAUUGUGUUAGAAAUCAUUAAGGCUGUAUCGGUAAGAAAAUUAAUUUUGUCAAAUAAUACAAUAAAGAGAAAAAAUGUAAGUUAGAAAGGUA